AUGGCAACCAGCGGUGCUCCGGUGACCUUGUUCCAACCGUCCAUUCCUGUGUUUUCGAGGGCGGAGUAUGGGAGGUGGAGUCUUCGAAUGAAGACCGUAUUCAAAUCCCAGGAGCUUUGGGAUCUUGUGGAGAAGGGCGUGGCCGAGUCGAAGGAUGAAGCGCAGGAGAGAGAGAAUCGCAAACGUGAUUCCAAAGCGUUGUGCUUGAUCCAGCAGGCUGUGGAUGGCCCUAUCCUGGACCGGAUCUCAGAGGCGAAGUCGGCUCAUGAGGCGUGGGAGACCCUGAGAAAACAAUGCCAAGGAACAACUAAAGUUCGGGCCGUGAGAAUUCAAGCUCUCCUGCAAGACUUUGAAACCUUACAGAUAGAGGACGCUGAGGGGAUGCAGGACUAUCUCACUCGGGUUAUCUCUGCUGCUAACCAACUUCGUGCGCUUGGUCACAAGUUAGCUGAGUCUGAGGUCGUCUCAAAGGUGCUAAGAAGCUUAGCUCCAAAAUUUGAUAUUGUAGCUGUGCCCAUCGAGGAAUCCAAGGAGAUAUCGAAGUUAUCUCUCGAUGAUCUUAGUGGAACGUUGAUGGCUCAUGAAGUCCGGGUUAAUCGCAUGCAAGCCAAGAGUGGUGAGAAGGCAUUGAUGGUCAAGGGUGACUCAUCUAGUGCAAGUUCUAGCAGAGGAGGUUUCAGGGGACGAGGAAGAGACACCUUCAGAGGAAGAGGGCGAAGUAGAGGCAGAGGAAGAGGAAGCAGCUCAAGAGCAUACACCAGUGAAGAUCAAAAGGUGCCGAACUCUGAACAAAGAUACAUAGAAGCAAUAUACAGUGUUACAACUGUAAAAAAUAUGGCCAUGUGA